UUAUAGUUCAUUGGAAACUGGUCAGCCACCUUGGUAGCUUGCUAGCUGAAACAUUAACCCGCUUUAAUGUAUAUUAGCCACUGUGUUUUGAACACACUUCUGUCAAUCUAGCUAAUUAUAUAAUUUCAUUGCAUAUUUACGUUGUUAUUGUUAUUAGUUAGCUCACGGUAGCUGGCUGGUUCAGUUAGCAUUAGCCUUGUUAGCUAACUGUUAGCUAUCAUCCCCCGACCAUGAGUUCACCAAGCUGCUCUCCUCCUGAUGAAGAGGAGGAGGAGGAGGUCUGCUGGACGGAGAAAGAGGGUCUGUGGCUGAAUGUUGUCGUGAAAGAGGAGAAUGAAGAGGAGGAUAUCACAGUAACAAAAGUAGAGGAAGAGCAGGAUGUUACAGUGAAAGAGGAAGAGGAGGUUACUGUGUUGGGAGUGAAGGAGAAGGGAGAGAUAACUGUCACAUUGGAAGAGGAAGAGACAGGAGAUCGGAUUAACACCAGAGAGAGACGUGACUAUCGUGGAUCCUCUGGGGAGCCUCAACAGCAUCAUGAUGCUGACAAGAAAGUGAAGAGUCUCUCCACAUCAAAACACCUCAAGAAACACCAGCGGAGACCCAAAACGAAAACUCACUGCUGCUCUGAUUGUGGGAAGAGUUACUUAAGAUCAGAUUCACUGAAACUACACCAGAGAAGUCACACUGGAGAGAAACCUUUUUGCUGCUCUGACUGUGGGAAGAAAUUCACCUCCUCGGCAGACCUUAAAAGACAUCAGAGAAUCCACACAGGAGAGAAACCUUUUAGCUGCUCUGACUGUGGAAAGAGUUUUGUUUCGUCAGGACAUUUAAAAUCUCACCAGAGAACACACAAAGUAGAGAAACCCUAUAGCUGUACUCAAUGUGGGAAGAGUUUUACUCACUCAAGCAGCUUGAUAGUACACCAGAGAACACACACAGGAGAGAAACCUUAUAACUGUGAUCAAUGUGGGAAGAGUUUUCUUUCAUCUGGUCGUCUGACAAUACACCAGAGAACACACACAGGAGAGAAACCUUACAGCUGUGAUCAGUGUGGGAAGAGUUUUACUACAUCUAGCCAGCUGACUUUGCACCAGAGAACACACACAGGACAGAAUCCUUAUAGCUGUACUCAAUGUGGGAAGAGUUUUACUCAGUCAAACAGCCUG